UAUACUCUGGCAAUGAACUUCUUCAGUUGUUGAAUUAAAUACUGAUGGUAUUGCAUUAUCAUUCAAACGUAAACGACCAUUUUCCUUAUUAUAAGGUUUAAAAUCACUAGGGAGAAAAUGCUCACUACACAACCUACUAUACUCAGUUGGAAUAAACCCUUUCCUAUUAAUAUUUUUUAACCAAUUUUCAGUACGUUCUUUAUUUUUUAAAGGAAAGCUGAAAAUUUUGGAAAUAAUUAGUUUGUAAGUUUCAUUGAUGUCAGUUUUUUUUAAAUAUACUUACGCAAAAAAAUGAAUGCCACUGUUAGGCACUCUUUUAUUUGAACAGCCCCAAGCACAGCAAUAAUAAACCAUAGUAAUAUGUAUGUACUUAAAAAAUAUUAAUAACAACUGUACUUACUGUAAGUCUUGUACAUGUAUCACAAUUUAUAUUUAUAAAAUAAAAAACAGUAUGCUAAAUAUGUAAUAUUUGCUCGUAUAUAAUUACAAAAUAAUAACAUAAUACAUGUAUUUUAUUAUUAUUAUUAUUAUUAUAGAUUCAUCAAGUUGUUUUUGCGUUUGAGAUGCUAAAUAUUUAUAAAUAGCUCGCGAUUACCAUAUUGUUCUAUGUAAUUACAUGCAAAUACAAUAAAACAUAAUAUUUAAAUUUAAAUUAUUUUUAUAAAUAAUAAAAGGUUCCGAAUUUUAGCUCUAACCAAAUAGUUCCAGAUAAAUAUAAUUCGGAAAAAAAAUUUUCUUAAGGCUUACGUCUCAACAAAAUUUAAAAUAUUAUACCCCUCCAAAAUAGUAUCUUAUCACUUAUCAUAUCAGUUAAAUUUGUAAACAGUCACCUCUUAGAUAACGAUUGGCGGCCAUUUUGUUGGAGACAUUAUUUUAUACGUAUGUACUAUAGAAGUCGGCUAUCUAGUAUUUUUAUAUAUCUGUGGUCGGAACAGAAUAUCUACACGUUAGUACGUCAUAGUGUCAUACUGCAUUACGCAAAUCGUAAUUCUUAUGUUACAGUCAUAAUGUUUCCGUCUUACCAACGCUAAUGCAUAACUUGGCAUUUGGCAAAUUGUGCGUUCGGAGUUUUGGCCGACGAAGUAUCAACAAUGAAAAAUAAGAUUUCAACUUUUUUAACAGGAUUACCAGACUCGGUAGUCGGAAAACAAAAAAAUAAAAAUAAGAGAAAAGAAAUAAGUUCAGAUCCAAGUGAAGAUAAUUUAUUAUUAAAGAAAAAAAAGUAUGUACCUAAGACCAAACCGAAGAAAACGAUUAAAACUAUUUCGCAAAUUCAAGCAAUAGAUGACAAAACUUUAAAGAAAAUGAUGGACAAAAUACAACAAGCUCCUACCCAUUCAUACUGUAUUGAAGGCAUAGUUCAGGAUUUGAAAGAGGGACCUUCUAACACUGCUGGUACUGUCAUCUCUGAAAUUGACAAUUUUGCUGUAGUACCGCCUUCGUUGCCCAGUUAUCGUACACUAUUUUCAUCACUUAAGAAGUCCAACUUUAAUUCACCACUGCCACAGCCGAUAAAGCAAAGAUCAACUUCAACACAAAUUGCUGGUUCAGAGUGGCAAAAAUUGCAUUUUGAUGUAGAUCCACUUAAGAAGUCCAACUUUAAUUCACCACUGUCACAGCCGAUAAAGCAAAGAUCAACUUCAACACCAAUUGCUGGUUCAGAGUGGCAAAAAUUGCAUUUUGAUAUAGAUCCACUUACGCCAGUGAAAGAAUUUAUUCCAUCAUCACUUCCUAAACAAACCAACAUAGAAUUUGAGGUGAUAUCAGAAGAAGUGCCAUCACUGCCAACCACUUCAGUCGUCAAGAAAAAAUGCAAAUUAAUGUUGACGGCCGAAAAAUUGAAAUUGGGCCCUUUAGACAAAGUACCAAAAUUUUGCCCAUUUUGUGAUUAUGUGUGUGAAAGAUUUCUUUAUAUGCAUAUUGAAACAAACCACAAAGAAAAACUCAAAUUGCCGAUUUCAACCUCUGUUGCCGGAAUUAACGAAAUCAUAUCAAACUUUUCAAAAAACAAAAAGGUGUUGAUGCCACUUAAACAUAUAGUUGAUAUAAUGGGAGACCAUUGGUUUAACCCAGAAAUAAGAAAGAUAGGAUACUUAUUGUGCAAUAUUGGCAAAAUAACAGCAUAUGGUGGGUCAUGGGAGCUAAAUAAUGUGCCCGAAGUCUCCAAUCCAUUUGAGCAGUUUAUUGUAACAUCUAAACUAUAAUCAGAG